CACAAACCCGGGCUUGUUGAGCUGAGCCAACGCAGCAGUUUACCAUUUCGCGGGCCCUUUUUUCUUCUUCGUGGCCAUCGAUCAGCAUCCAUUCUUCCGUCCCUGACCGCCAUGGUCCUUCCCCCUUCUUAGCUGCCGUCUUUCUCUCUUUCUCUUUUCCCUUUCGAGUGAAUGGAUGGAUCUCGCUUGUCUACAAUCCCCUCCUCCGAAAUCAUGUCUCGCCGCUGGGCGCGAAAGCUUGAACGCUGCUGCUGCACUUUCGCGACCUACAUCCCUCUGCUUUUCGUCUAUGGCUUGACCACCUGGGCCGUCUGGGUGGAUGUCACCAUCGGGUCCCUGCCCUCCAAAGCCUCGUGGCUCGGAUCCGCGUCUUCCGCAGGCGCCCUUCUCCUCUACGGCCUGCUCAACUGGUCCUACACCACCGCCGUCUUCACGAGCCCCGGCAGCACGACAAACGAUAAUGGCUACAGCACGCUACCGACCGAGGCGCCUCCCGCCGCCACCUCCUUCACCGUAAAGUCCAACGGCGAGCUCCGAUUCUGCAAGAAGUGCCAGGCGAGAAAACCGGACCGCGCCCACCACUGCUCGACCUGCCGCCGCUGCGUCCUGAAAAUGGAUCACCACUGCCCCUGGCUGGCGACCUGCAUCGGCCUCAAGAACCACAAGGCCUUUCUGCUGUUCCUCAUCUACACGACGCUCUUCUGCUUCUACAGCUUCUUCGUCUCCGGCAGCUGGGUGUACAUGGAGGUCAUCAACAACACGACGUACGUCGAGACGCUGAUGCCCAUCAACUACGUGAUCCUCAGCGUCAUCGCCGGCAUCAUCGGCAUCGUCGUGGGCGCCUUCACGGGGUGGCACAUCUUGCUCGCGAGCAGGGGCCAGACGACGAUCGAGUGCCUGGAGAAGACGCGGUACCUCUCGCCGCUGAAGAAGCAGAUGAAGCACCAGUUCGUCGCCCAGCACAACGGCGAGGGCAUCCAGCUGCCCGCCUACGGCCAGCAGCUCCUCGACAUCCACGCAAACGCCCUCCCGGGCAUCACGCGACCCGAAGAAGGCGAAGAAUACCGCGGGGUUGGCGGUGGCUCCUCGAGGCCGAUGGGCGCCACGCACCAGUCGUACGAGGAGAUGGAGCGCGAGCGCGCGAAGAAGCGCUACGAAGAGUACCUCGACGAGCAGGACUCCGAGAAGCUCCCCAACGCGUUCGACCUCGGCGCGAAGCGGAACCUGCUGCACCUCUUUGGCCCCAAGCCCCUGCUGUGGUUCGUCCCCGUCUGCAACACCACCGGCGACGGCUGGGCAUGGGAAGCCAGCCCCAACUGGCUGGCCGCCCGCGAGCGCCUCGCGAGGGAACGCCAGGAGCAGCGCGCGCGCGAGAUCAACGCGGGAUGGGGCACCGACGAGCCCCCGACGUUCAUGCGCGAGGCGCCGCCUACCAAGCCCGACGGCGCGGGCCGACACUACCUCACCUCGCCUCCUCCCCCUCCCCCUCCCUCCAACGGCGGAUCGCGUAAGACGCCCUCCAAGGCCGACCGGGUCCUGGGCCGCGACCCGAACCUGUACGCCGAUGGGUUCCAGGAGUCGAUGCCGAUGCGGAAGCUCAGCCCGCGCGGGCGGGCGCUCGAGGACGACCUCGACGACAGCGACCUCGACAUGGAGGAUCCCGCGGCGGCGGAGCACCGCGCGCUGAACCUGGUCACCAACGGCGGGUGGGGACGGAGCGGGGCCAGCGGGUUGUUGAGGAAGCAUAGCCCGUCUUCGCCGUCGUUUAGGGACCAGCCUGAGAAUGAUGACGAUGUGGAUUGAGGUGGUGGAUGAAGAUAAAUGAGAAAGAGACAGAGACAGAGAGGAUGUCUAACAUUUUUUCAAAGUAGGGGCAAACAGAGAGAGCGUUUUUAGAAAGUGAUAUCCAGAAAGCGUAAUCUUCACGUUCCCGUCAGCAAGGAUUGGGGUCACUAGGGUUUAGAAAGUGUAUAACGCAUUUCAUGUACCGCUCUUUUUCUAUUUCACAAGGGGAUUCAACUCGGAAGUCGGACUCUGAGAUGUACAUUCUUCAUGGUUUCCUUUUUCCAAAGUUCAAGAUUGGUGUUUUGGGUGUUUUCUGGGGUUCCUGGCAGAGGACUAGGAGCUUUCCACACUCUUGCCUCUGCUGGGAACGGAUAAUGACGUUUUUGGUAGCACU